AAGGAAAUAUUCUUAAAGGUAGAUGAGUUUUCGCUUAAUACUUUAGGCAGUAUGCAGAGAUAGUGGCAAGUGGAAAGAGGUAGUCUCUGCCUACCCCUCCGGGAAAGAGGCGUGAUUUUAUAAAAUGAAGAUAUUAGCGAUCGAGUCGCCCAAGAUGGUGCUCAAAGGGUCAGCGAUGAAGUACCUGCCGCUGCUGGGGUUCCAGCUGGUACUCAUGGCUUUGUUCUUCAUCUUCACCACCUACGGCACCAAGGGUUCCGAGGAUCGAGGUGGUUUCGAAGGCACCCACGUCAUGAUCUUCAUCGGUUUUGGGUUCCUCAUGACCUUCCUCAAGAAGUACUGCUACAGCGCCCUGGGCUUCAACUGGUUCCUGGCUGCCCUAGUCGUACAAUGGGCUUUACUGUGUCAGAACUUCUUCCACAUGCACGAAGGCAAAAUUGUUAUAACUAAAACUGUAUUACUAGAGGCUGACAUCAUGGCCGCGACUGUACUCAUCACGUUCGGUGCACUCCUCGGCAUCACGUCUGGUUUCCAACUCCUCGUCAUAGCUGUCAUAGAGACAGCCAUCGGGUGUGCCAACAUAUAUCUGGUCGGAGAUGUGUUUAAGGCAGCUGACGUCGGCGGCUCGAUAGCUAUCCACGCGUAUGGUGCAUACUUUGGACUUGGAGUGAGUUCAGCUUUGAAGCUUGGGAAGAAACAGGAGGUGGCGCCGGCUGGGCAGGUCGACCUGAACGGGCCAAGUUACGUGUCUGACGUAACGGCUAUGAUUGGUUCUAUUUUCCUCUGGAUAUACUGGCCGAGCUUCAACUCCGGUUUGACCGGCACUGACGUGGAGAAUCAGAGGGCUGUCAUCAACACCUACCUGUCACUGGCCUCCGCAACGGUUGUAACGUUCAUUUUAUCAGCUGCUGUGAGCCACCAAAGGGGGAAAUUCGACAUGGUCCACAUCCAGAACUCCACCCUGGCUGGAGGAGUUGCCAUUGGGUCAGUCUGCAACAUGAUGGUGAACCCAGGAGGUGCUAUAGCUGUGGGGAUAGGCGCUGCCGUUAUAAGCGUUUUCGGUUACAGGUAUUUGACGCCCAAACUCAACAGCUUCGGCAUCCUGGACACAUGCGGGGUCAACAACCUUCACGGCAUGCCCGCAGUAUAUUCUGGACUCUUGUCAAUUCUCUUCGCAUCCCUGGCUACGAAAGACGAUUAUGGAGAGACUGAGUUGCAUAGCGUUUUUGAAGCAAUGAAAGAUGGAAGAACCGCCAGCAGUCAAGCGCUGUACCAGUUCUAUGCGUUAAUAGCAACCGUGGCGAUAGCUUCUGUUAGCGGAUUUGUUACAGGUCUCAUCGUGAAACUGCCGAUGUUUGGAUCCCUAAAGGAAGAAGAGAAGUACAACGACGAACCCAAUUGGGAAUUACCCUAAUAUUUAUUUUCAGAACCACAAGGCAAAUGUAGAAUGCCAAAUGCGACAAUACUCUGUUGUGGAAAUGAUAUUAAUUAACUCAAGCUUUGUAGUAAGAAAAAUUGAAAACAAGAGAAAAAAAUGCCACGAAGUGGUCUUACAGUUAAGUGAAAAAACGUAUGGAGUAAAGUUUUAGUUUAAGUAUUAUUUUAUCUUGUAAAUAGGUUAGGUAUACCUACUUGUGUAUCGACAUAACAAGGGUGGGUCAGUUUCAGGCUCAGUGUCUACUCACAUGAUU